GUCCAACACCUGGAGAUCUGUGACGGAGUCAGCUUUUAUUCCCGCACCCCAUUGCCACGUAGCACCAGUUGUGCCUCUAAGAGUCAUUCGAAACGGAUCGAAGAGUUGGCUGGCGAGUCUGGCAACACCACCCCAAAUAAAUUGACUGACGGUGAUGCGGGUUCUGCGGGGCGGGCGGCAGACGAGGACGAAGAGGAUGAAGCUUGUGGUACAGUGCCGCCAAUGGGUGCUUUAGUAUGUGGCAUCUGUGGUGUACAGGUGGCUUCACGGGACCGUAUGCAUCGACACUUCACCGUCUAUCAUUUGCAAUGCGUCCUUUGCGCAAACCAGCUUCCUUCAAUGGAUGAAUUGUCUUAUCAUUAUCGACGUCACUUGGACGAAAUCGACCUUACCCAAACUACGGAGUCUGGUGAUAAAGAGGCCGGUGAUAUAUUGAAGGCAAAUCUGGUGGCUACCAUCCCUGCUUCAAUCAUAGGUUCCGAUGGUCAGGCUUUCAUGAAACCGGAGAACGAAGAGGCAGCUACUGCGUUGCCUGCUGAGGUGGAUCAAGGCCGCCAGCGAACAAACGCCACUCUGCUGGCCUUGGCUCGCAAAUUGAUGACCUGUGAUAUUUGUUCUAACUUUACUGGCACCAAGCACAACUACUUUUUUCAUCAAUGGGUGGAGCACGGCGUCGUUCAUCCGCCAUUCUCCUCGGGCACUGAUCAGAUUCUCAUUUCAGCGGGCUCUUUGGCUCGUCAAGCUAGGCUUCAUUCAACACCUAGUCUUCUCCACGCUGACUCUGUGGCCGUUGGUUGUGAUGUUGGACUAGUUCUUGGAAUCUCAAACAAGCGCUUCAAAUGCAAGUUUUGCGGUUUCGUUGUCCGCGUAUCGGGUCGUGAAUAUCUAGAACAUCUCAUGGAAAAGCACAACAUACAGGCAAGUGGUCAUACAAUUUGUCGUGUUUGUGCCGACCUUUUCGAGACGCCAGAGGCCUUGUCCGAUCACCUUCGCGAUGAGCAUGUCGCAUUGGGUGAGUACGACAACGCUGGCCUUCAGACCAUUUUCCGGUGUCAGCUUUGCGACUUUUGGGCCUUUAUGAAGGGCAUGCUAAGGCACUCGCGAGACGUCCACAACGAUCCUGCACCUGCGAUCUUUGAAUGUGCCCAUUGUCACCAGCGGUUCUCAGAUCGCCGUGAGUGGAGGACUCACCUGGACAAACACACUGAGGGUUACACGCAUGCUUGUCCCGAGUGCGGACGCUCCUUCCGGUUGCGCCAGUCCCUUGUGCAUCACAUCAAUACCCAUCACGGCGACGACGAGAUGCCAAUCGAUUGCGAAUUCUGCGGCAUUACGUUUCCGAAGCGCUCCUCCUUGCGCUUUCAUAUACAACGCACUCAUAGCCGAGAAAUGGCUCACGAAUGUUCAAUGUGUCAGCGUCGUUUCCGUUUGGAGACAGAUCUCCGACGCCAUAUGAAAGAGACGCACAGCGGGGCUGUCAAGUGUGAAAUCUGUAACAAGAUAUGCAACAACCUCCGUUGUUAUUCGCAGCAUCGCCAAAAGCAUUUCCGCACUCGUAUCUAUCAAUGCACGGAUUGUCAAGCCACAUUUAAGAGCAAACUUGCCAUGAAACGACAUAUCAGAGUACAGCAUCUACAGUUGGGUCCAGAGCGGUUCGAAUGCCAGAUAUGUGGCAAGAUUGUCACUCAGAUUGCUAUGCAUAUGCUCAUCCAUAAGGACGCUCGUUUUGAAUGCGAAUACUGUGGUAAGCGAUUUACAAAGUCUGCCUACUACAAUGAGCAUGUCCGUAUCCACCGAGGCGAACGACCCUUUGAAUGCCAUAUCUGUGGGAAACGAUUUAAUAAGAAGUCGAACCUGAAUGUUCAUGUCAGAUUUCACGAGAAACAUCGUGAUGAGGAAGGCAACGUGAGUAAAACAACAUGUUACUUUUUAAUUUAUUUUGGAGGCAUUUAUCACAAUCCUCAGUCAACAUUUAUAUUAACUCAAGCCAAGCUCAUCCUAUAA